AGCGGGGUGGACCUGGACGGCUCCGCCAACUGCAAGAAGAAGAACAGAAUGUCCCAGCCCAUCCUGAAAGCCGUGGUCGAGGAUAAAGAGAAGUUUUCGAGCCUGGGCAGGAUAAAGAAGAUGCUGAAAGGCCAAGGGACAUUCGAUGGGGAAGAAAAUGCUGUUUUAUAUCAGAACUAUAAGGAAAAGGCUCUGGACAUAGAUUCUGAUGAAGAGUCUGAGCCCCGAGAGCAGAAAUCGGAUGACAAGGUUGUUUUUCACUACAAGCCCCUGAGGUCGACGUGGAGCCAGCUCUCUGUGGUGAAGAAGAAUGGAUUGUCAGAAGCCAUCAGCCAGGAGGAGAGGAAGAGGCAGGAGGCAAUAUUUGAAGUGAUUUCUUCUGAGCAUUCUUACUUGCUGAGCUUGGAGAUUCUGAUCCGGAUGUUUAAAAAUUCCAGGGAACUGAGCCUCACAAUGACCAAAACAGAGAGCCACCACCUCUUCUCCAACAUCACGGAUGUUUACGAAGCAAGCAAAAAGUUCUUUGAAGAGCUGGAAGCGAGGCACCAGAACAACAUCUUCAUCGAUGACAUCAGUGACAUCGUGGAGAAACACGCGGGCUCCUCCUUCGACCCCUACGUGAAGUACUGCACCAACGAGGUGUACCAGCAGCGCACCCUGCAGAGGCUGCUAGCCACAAAUCCAGCGUUUAAGGAGGUGCUGUCCCGGAUCGAGUCCCACGAGGAUUGCAGGAAUUUGCCCAUGAUCUCCUUCCUCAUCCUCCCCAUGCAGAGAGUCACUCGUCUCCCCUUACUGAUGGAUACCAUUUGCCAGAAAACACCCAAGGAUUCAGCAAAAUAUGAGAACUGCAAGCAGGCUCUAAAAGAAGUCAGCAAGCUGGUCCGUCUGUGCAACGAGGGCGCUCGGAAGAUGGAGAGGACGGAGAUGAUGUACACCAUUAACUCCCAGCUGGAAUUCAAAAUCAAGCCCUUUCCACUGGUUUCCUCUUCACGGUGGUUGGUGAAAAGGGGCGAAUUAACAGCGUAUGUAGAAGACACUGGACUUUUUUCCAAAAGAACCUCUAAGCAGCAGGUCUACUUCUUCCUCUUCAAUGAUGUCCUCAUCAUCACCAAGAAGAAGAGUGAGGAGAGUUACACGGUGACGGAGCACUCGCUGCGGGAGCAGCUGGUGGUGCAGCCCUGCGAGGAGGAGCCCGGCUGCUCUCCCGGGAGGAACGCGGUGCUGCACUCGCGGGGCUCUGCCGCCCACCUCUUCAGGCUGCUGGUGCUCAGCAACCACGCGGGGGACAGGGUGGAGAUGCUGCUGGGAGCAGAGACUCCGAGCGACAGAGCGCGGUGGAUCACAGCGCUGGGGCAGGACAGCGACGGGCUGCACACCGACAGGACCACUCUGGCUCAGGUGGAGAUCAUCAGGACAUACACAGCCAAGCAGGCCGAUGAACUGUCCCUCCAAGUGGCUGAUGUCGUUCUGGUUUAUCAAAAAGUGAAUGAUGGCUGGUACGAGGGGGAGCGGCUGCGGGACGGGCAGCGGGGCUGGUUCCCCAUGGAGUGUGCCAAGGAGAUCACCUGCCGUGCCACCCUGGACAAGAACAUGGAGCGCAUGGGGCGCCUGCUGGGGCUGGAAACCAAUGUGUAGUGUGUUCCUGCCCCCACACCACGCUCUGCACCCGCUGCUGGGUGCUCCCUGUGGGACAGGGGGCACCGGAGCCCACCCCCCCUCACCAGAGCACUGAUGUUUGGAUACUCGUGUCCGUCCUCGCUUUGCCUUCCGAGAGCUCCGAACUGAAGCCUGGCUAGACCAGGAGCAGAGUGCAGCUCACAGCAGUGUCCUGGGAGCUCAGCUCUGCAUCCUUCUCACUCGUGUUCCAGUUCUGGCUUCAGUUGCUCCAUCCCUGCCUCCUUCUGUUCUUGCUCCCUCCGUUUUUCAGCAUCCUGACUUGCUUUCCCCAGAGCUGCACAGGACACGGGACAGCAGACAUGGGCCCCAUCCAUGGAGCUGGAGGUGAACAGCAAUGCUGGGGGUGUCCCAAAGAGCUGCAGUGGGACAGUCCCAGUACCAGCCAGGGUGUUAAUGGAAUACUUCCCACUUGUGUCAGAACCUGUGUGACCUAAACUAGAAUAACCAGCUCUGUACUUCAGGAAGGCCAACCUACCUCUCCAGUGCAAAUCCAGGGACAGCCCAGGCCUUGGCACAAGCAAAGCUGGCAGAAGCUCCAGCAGAAUCCAGAGCUGUGCCUCCAGCUGGAGUGGUCUCUAACAAACACUGUCAGGCAGCUCAGACUGUCUCCUUUUAGUUCUGCAGUGGUGAAAGGAUUUCUGAAGGCAAAAACAAGGUACCCCACUCUGCAAAGCAGGUGGUGCUGAUCCAUCUUGGCCCAGGUAUUUUAGCAGAGAGUAACUGCUGGAAAUGGGGCCGAUUUGUUCCUGGUUUCCUCAGGUGUUUAAUGAGCUCCUGUGAUUCAGUUACUGUUUCAGAGCAGGAGUUUGAUGGGCUGCAGGAACAGGAAGUACUUUGGUCUGGGGCUGGGGGAUUUCUGCUCUUCAGUACUGGAGAUCAGUUCUUUCCGUGUUCUGCUGAACUCCAUUUACCUGCACCUUUAUCAUCCCGUGGGAUCCACAGCAGAGGGAGAGUGACGAGCUGCACAGUUUGGCUGAGGUGCCAGGUCUCCUCUCUGUUGUGGGCACCAUCAGAGCUCGGGCAGUGCCGGAGGAACAGCCUGGCAGGAGC